GCUUUCUGGCCUCUUGUAUGCUGGCCAUUGUUAGGUGGGUAGUUGGAUUGUAUUCGGAGGAUGGCAAAAGAGAAAAAGGGAGCGCUUUACCCCUUACUAAAAUUUGGCCCCUCCCGCUAACUCUACCAAACAACAGAUUUAAAUGUAUACAUACAUCCAAAUGGUUCUGACGCCCAACCCCUCCGACCACAGUCCAAAGCAGAGUCUAGGUAUAACCUGCCGCAUUGCAGCUGAAUAGGAAUAGGACAGUGGUUUCCUUGCAGCAAAAUGGCAGUGUAUUUAAAUGAAUACAUCACGUAGGUUGGAGCAGGCACGAACUGGCCCGACCUGGCUGUGAUGGCUGUGAUCUCUGCACACAUACACAAAACAGCGGUUAGAAGCCGAUAGGGCCUGCCUGAUCUCAAUGAGAACACUUACUCUCGCAUUGACUGUCGCGGAUAAUGUAUUGUUAUCUCCUGAUACAUGCAAAAGUGGCAGGCCUGAUGUCAACCUGUCCGACUGUCGUUACCACCGUCAGACGUCUAUUCAUCCUCCAAAAAACAGCCAUACUAUGUAUUUUCCACCCUGCAUCCCUUCUGAUAAUGCAUUUCUUUACAUCCAUAAAGUCCUAUGUUGUCUACUCCUCAUUUGCCUUUCAGCUUUUCUCAUAUUCUGCGGGGGCAUUGCCAUCGCUCAUAACUUGCAUCGGCGAAAACGAAACGAUUCCUAUAAAUUAUGCGGCUCUGGGGGACAGUUAUGCCACAGGAAUCGACGCCGGCAAACAACUUCGAUCCUCCUGCUGGCGGUUUAAAGACAGCUAUCCCAUGCAGUUGAUCCGUACAGGUCUGCUCGGACAAAACCACUCUUUCCAGUUCCUCGCCUGCUCGGGAGCGGUGUUGGGUAUACCGGGCACUUCCUUUAGCAAGCAAAAGUCGAUCAGUAGACAGAUAAAGGCUCUCAAGCCCACGGAUCUGGCCACAUUGUCGAUUGGUGGCAACGAUGUUGGUUUCUUCAAUAUCCUUAAUGCAUGUGUCUAUCGUUUCUACGGUAUCCGGUCGGGAAAUUGCAAUGAACAACUGACGAAAUCGAAGAGGCUUAUCUCCAGUGAUAAAUUUGCAGAUGCAUAUACUAAGACCCUAACCAAUAUAUUAGCCAAGGGUACCGGGCCUCACUUUCGGCUCCUGGCACUUGGAUAUAGUCCUUUCUUCGACGAAGCCCUCUCCGAAGACUGCACUAAAAGGUCUUUCGGAUACUGGAGGAUGUGGCGCCCAAAGCUUACGGUGAAGUUACGUCGGCAACUAAACGAAAUCCCCCUCUACCUGAACAACAGGAUUGUCCAGCUUAUCAAGGUCAUGGGUGAUGAGAGGAUCGUUUGGGUUGACUGGGCUCCCAAAUUCAAGGAUCAUCUCUUUUGUCAGCCGGGCAAAAAAAGGCCUAGUGACGGCGACAAUACGUGGUUCUUCGAUAUUGAUUCCCGCUCAAAGAAUUUGUCUGUCGACGACGUCGACGUCGACGCUUGCGCGCAACAUUCGCUAGAUUCGGGGGAUUGGGGUCACCGAGCCGCUUGCGGGAUUGUUAUGGUUCGUGAGCAAUAUUGGAAAUAUCCACAAAUCCUACGUCGGGGAUCAGACAAUGAGGAAGAUGAGCACAAGGAUGAGGAGGACGACAAUUUCUCUGUCGAUUACUUUCCCAAUAAGCGUGGUUUGGCGCGUGUCUUUCAUCCUAAGCCACAGGGCUAUAUGGCUAUUGCAGAAGUAAUUCAGAGUCACUGGCCGGGUAGAGCGAAAUGUAGCAGAACAACGCGACAGUAACUAGAAGGGAUCCGCGAAUCCAAGUAUAGAAAGAAAGCAAUUCAAACGCAGUGCAGCCACCAUACCCCAUGACACCUUGCAUAAAGGAUACAUUCCUCUUCUACAAAACUUCUAAUCUGAAGUUGAUAAGCAUGCAUUAUCGUUGGAUUAGUUAGGGUGGAGUGUAUUUCUGCAUUGUAUUGGAACUUCCAAAUUCACCUCCUCCCACCCACCCUUUCAUCCGCUAGGAUAUAACCCAUUGUGAACCUAUGUUGAAGGAGCCUUAAAUAUACCCAUCCUUCUGUUACUGCAAUUGAAAACAACGCAAAUUUACACCACCUAUCCCAUCUACCUAUCCUGGUGAGGAGCCUAAAAUUAGAGAGAAAUGAUAUCUGAUAUACCAGUCAGUCCCGUCGUUUUGUUUCCAUGUUCGGUGUCGUUAAGAAAAGUUCAAACGUGCAUACAUACAUACAUAUCGCAUCCUCAUAUCCCCUCCUCCCCUCCAUCAAACAACACAUUCCGUUCGGGGGAUGUAUAUUGUAUAUCACUAGACAUAGUAUCAAAUAGGAACGGGGCUGCGAUAGUGGUUUGUGGUACG